CCGAUGAAAUGAAAUGAAAGUCCGCCUUCCGCCACAUGUCCGCCAUAUCUACUACAUUUUCUUUCUAAAAGUGACGUCCAUAUUAUUUUUUAUUAUAUAGAACAGUUGUAUAGACAUUUGUUGUUAAUUUAAUUAUUCUUGAGUUUAUUCAUAAAACGGCCCUGGACGGCUGAUUACACCAUGGAGUCUCCUAGAAAAUUUAACGAUUGUUACUUUUACUACUAUUCCACAUGCAUUAAGGGUGAUAACUGCGUAUUCCGCCAUGAGCCGUCUGCUCUUGGCUGUGAGACAAUGUGCACCGCAUGGCAGCAGGGGAAAUGCCUCGAUAAACGUUGUAAACUGCGCCAUAUGGAACUUAGGAAAAAUCGUAAGCAGAUUCCGUGUUACUGGGAGAACCAGCCGGGUGGCUGUCGCAAGAAACAUUGCCCGUUCAUGCACAAGAACCCAGAUGCACGUACGGACGGCAUCGCUCCUAGUCAGCCUGCGCCUAUUGUUGUGGCGACGCCCGCGGUGCCCGAGGCGUCAGUGGAGCCCCCGAUGAACGCCGGCGUGCCGCCCGUGCCCGCGCCCGCGCCCAUGCCGCUGCUCUGGCAGCAACAACGACAAGUGGUGCUAGACUCUGCUAUCUUGGGCGUGCUGCCAUCCAGCGAGUUGCUAGGCGCACGACGCGUGCUGCCGCCGCACGCGCACGCGCACGCGCACGCUCAUGCCCACGCGCACGCGCACGCGCAUGACGCGCCCGGCCCGUACGCGCCGCUGCCGGUCGACCCACUCGUCGUCAACUUCGAGGAAGAGUCGGACAACGAGAGUGCGCCCUCCUCCACUCCUACUAAGACAGCCGCCUCGCCCGACGACCCCACCAAAAUAGCUCGCACCAAGUCACAAGAACUAUUACUGUUAGAAAAGAUACAAGCAGAAGCAGCGGCAUUCUACAGCUACGAAUCACAACCGACACCUGAACAGACAAACGAAAGGAAAAUCGUCAGAACAAAUCUCACAUCGAAGUACGACAGGAUAUCACUCGACGAACUAGCGGGUAAGAAACAGAACACAGAUACAAAAAACUCUCUAGAUUUUAAAGUACUAUCACUAGACGAAAUAAGAGCGAAGAAGAAAGGGACGGAAAUAAUAAAAACGACACCUAUAAAAUUGAAUAUAAAUAGAAAAAGAAAAUUAUCAACACAAGAGAUAAAUACCACAACAGGUAAUAAAAUAAUCAAAAUGGUUAGAAGCAAUUCUAUAGUCUAUAAACAGGUUGAUAAAAACCCUCCGACUAAUCAGAAUAAAACUGGAAUCAAACGUAAUGAAAAUUUGAAUAGAAAACGCACGCUGUCGGAACAAAGCGAUAUUUAUGAGCAAGAAGAUAUAGAAUUAGUAGAUAAUUGUUAUGAAUUUAAAAGAAUUAAAAUAGGCGAACACACAUCGAAACCUAGAUUAAUUAGGAAUAGACAAUCUAGUAAUUGCACUUCGAACAGUGAAAGUAAAGACGAUGAUAUCGAAUUUAAUAAUAAAACUGAUGAUUCAGACUCUGAAGUACAAUUUGUUAGUAUAGAGUUAUCUGAAUGUGAGGACAAAUUAUCAGAUACUGAAAUAAUAGAUGUAGAUACAACGAAAAUGGCGGAUCCUGUAGAUAUUGUUGAUUUGUGUGAAGAUGUUGAAGACGAGAUAUCGAUAACUAAUUUAGAUUUAGUCAAGAAUGUUCCAGAUGUAGUCGCGAGCUGUCAUAAGAAAAUACCAGAGAAUACCGACAAAAAUAUACUGAAUGACAUCGAUGCUUUAUUAGACGAUGAUUUAUGAUCGUUUAUAUAGUCUCCACUGUCUUACUGUAAAGAAAUAUUGUGAUCUCUUGUAGAAAAGACAGAAAACAAUAUAUUAUGCAAGUGUUGAGAAGUCCACGGUAAGGAUCGUACAAAUUUUCACAUAGUUGAAAUUCUAGUUACAUGAAUUUUAAAAAAAUGUUCAUUUUGAACAUAAAAUCUCAUAAAAGUUUUUUUAGGAUAAGUUUUUAAAUCUACAUUUUGUAGAUGAUUGUUUACACACGACACAAGGAUUUUUAAAGUGUUCAGAAUUUUAUUAGGUUUAGUAAAUUAGUGAGUGUAAUUAAUUUAGCUAAAAUUUUACAAAAAUUGUAAUUAAAAUGGUUUACUGUAGCCUUAGAAAUCUGUAUUGUAAAGUUGUUUUAUCAAGUAGCAAUAAUAAUUACCACAACAAAUUCUCGCAAGAAUACGUCAUUUCAAAAAAACUAUUUUAUGUACAGUAAAAAUGGGCUUAUUAUUUUAAAAUACUUCCGACAAAAAUGUUUUUCUCAACGCAUGUCGUUCAUUUCGUAGAAAAUAAAGUCACAAGUUAAUUAUUUUUAAGCAAUACUUUGUAAGUACUGGCAAUAUUUGUAGGCACCUAGGUGUAGGAUGUUCAGAGCUUUAAUUAUAAUAAUUUGAAGUAUGA